UAAUUGAUUCAUAAUGAAUUAUAAAGAUGCAGAUCCUGAAGGAAGUGUAUGUUCUUAACCAACAGCAAGCUAAACAGGGGAAAAUUUUAACUAAAAGAAAGUUAGCUUUGCUAGAACAAAAAAUUUUGUUAAAUGCCCUAAUUGUGAAUAAUUGGAUUUGUAAUUAAAAAAGACUGCAGAAUAAAUUUAAAAUAUAGAAGAAUUACUUAUAAGCUUUUAAUAACAAAUCGAGGAUUAGAACUUAUAGAAUAAGAAGCAAAAAUAAAAAUAUGAUGAGCUACUUAUAGAAAUGUAAAUAAUAAGUGAAAAACAUCACUAAGAAUUAAUUAAUAAUGGAAUUUUAUAAAAACAAAAUAUUGAAUUGAGAAAGGAAAUUUUAAAAUUGGAAUAAAAUAUAUCUAAAAUUCAGUGCCAAAUUUACGAACCGUAUAUCUUAAUUAUUUUAUAAUAGCUCUAAAAGAACCUCAGAAUAAAAGUUUAUUGAAUCUUUAAUCUAAAUGUUUAUGAGUUUUCAUUCUAAAGUAUAAUUCCCAGCAACACCAUAACUAAAAUAAGUUUGGAAAUGGUUAAAAUAGAUUAUUUCAGAAUAUGCAAUUCUCAAAUAAAAAGAAUUAUAACUUCAUAAGUGA